AGUACCAAAAGAAGAGGAGAGAGUAAAAAAAGGAUAAAAAAGUCUUUUCUGGAAAAGUACUCUCUGCCGAGAAGUACUCAAACAAAUAAGUGCCAAAAAAUAUAUAAAAACUGAAUCUAAAGCUAUGCUUAUAGAUGAACUUCAGAGCAUUCAACAUCCCCACCAAGAAGACCGGUGGCUCCUCCUCUGCUGCCCCAAGAACCGUACCGGUGCAACAGGAGCCGGUGGAGAUCAACUCCGAGGAGGAAACUCCUCCGACCGGUCAGGCCGGGAGGACCACAGUAAACCCUCCCCUAGACAAAGGGAAGGGGAAGGUCCGAACCAAGCACGCCGCCACUACCCACCCCUCGGCAAAGAGGAGGAGGGGAGAAAGUGUCCCGGCCACAGAGUCGCUAGAGGAGCUCUGGGUCAAGAUGGGGCGAAAGCUAAAAGAGAUGGGUGAGGUCGGGCCUGAAACCUUGGGGAAGCUUGCCGAGGACUCCCCUUCCCGGUCACUUCAGCUGGAGGAAAAGCUGAAGAGGCUUGAAGCCCACAACCGGGAGCUUCAAGACCUGACCGCCCGGCAACUUGACGAGAUGGCCAACCUCUCGGCGGUUGCCGGUAGGGCGAACGCGGAGGUCCUCCAGCUGAAGCAGGAGAACUCGCUGCUGAUGGGGGAGGUCUCCCACCUGAAGGAGGAGGCGUGGGUGAAGGAGCAAGAGCUGCCCGGUCGGGCUAGACAGUGGAUGGAGGAGAACCUGGUGGAGGCCGCCCGGGUGCUUACUUCCUCUGAGGAAAGGACAAUGGAGGGCUUCAAGUUGCUGUACCGGGAGGAGCAAGGGAAAGAGAUGAUCACCCACAUCGGCUCCUACGGUUUCAUGUCCGGCCAAAAAUGAGAUCGGGAGGCCACCCAUGCGAUCCUUGCCGACCGGGAUCCGGACUUCAAUGCUGAAUCAUACGGUCUGGCCCCCAUCCUGGACGAAGAGCCUGUGCCUCCCUUUCCUCUUGAGUAAUCUUCCUGGCUGCGACCGGUUGAAUUAUUUUGGCAAAACUUCAAACUCAUUUCCCCGGGAAUGCCCGGUGUAGUUGUAAAACACUUAACUAUUUUG